UCAAGAUGGCAGCCCCCGAAAACUCCAAGAUUCGAUGGCGUAGUGUUUGUAUCGGAAAAAUCACUGUAAUAGUAUGUACAAUACUAACAAUAUUAACUCAGAAAUGCUCAGCGUUACCAGACUUUCCUUCUGUAACCUACGAGAUGAUGUACAGUGCCGGACUUGACGCAUAUUCCAACCAGAAAUGGAGCGAUUGUAUGAAGUUUAUGUCUCGAGCCAUUGAAGAUUAUCAUUUUUACACAGAAACUCUUGCAGAAUGUAGACGAUUGUGCACCAAAGCAAACAAAUUCAACACUCAAAAACCGGUGGAUAUGCAGCUAGCUAUCUUUGGAAACUAUGUAUAUAAGUCAAACUGCAUUAGAAAGUGUAAAAUGACUAAAUUUAAAACUCGACCUGACAACUACAGUGCCGAAGUUGAUGAGGCCUUUGAAAAUCUGAAGCCGUAUGAUUAUUAUCAGCUCUGUGCUUUCAAAAUACAACUUUAUCAGCAUGCUGCUGCUGCUGCCUAUACAUUCCUGCUAAGUAACAAAGACAAUGAGGCCAUGCAGAAGAAUAUCCACUACUAUCGAAGCCUGCCCCAAGUGAAAGAUGAAUUUUUUGUAAACUUGGAAGAAAAACCUUAUCAGACCCACUAUAUUAGGGCAGUUGAAGCCUACAACAGAGAAGACUGGCUGGGCGUUAUAGAAAGCAUGGAGAAAUCAACAAGAGAGUACUUCAAGGAACACAGGACAUGCAGACUGCUGUGUGAAGGAAAAGUUGAGCAAGAACAGCAGCUAGACUUUAUUGAAAACAUUGCAGACUAUUUCAUAAAAGUUUUAGACUGUAAGAAGAGUUGUGGUCAGAAACUGGACAAGAUCUAUGGCCAGUUUAUAGAGGACUUCAUAGCAGGCUGCUACCACUACUUACAGUUUGCCUAUUUCAAGGUUGGAGAAUUCAACCAUGCAUCAGAGUGUGCAGGCACCUACCUCCUUUUUAAGCCUGGAGAUGAAACCAUGGAAGCUAAUAAAGAUGCCUACCUCAGACUGAAAGGGAUUGGACCUAUGAGCUUUACUCCUAGAGAGGAUGCCCAGAAGCACUAUGACCUGAUAGCAUUUGAAGCCCAACUUCUGAAGUACAUAGAUGAGCACUACAUGUUUGACAUAACUGAAGUCAUUGAUGAUGAUGACGAGUUUGAUGAUCUUUUUCUUGGAGACUCAGCAGAUGAGCUGGAUAUUUUGGCCAAAAAGAAGCAUGAUUUAGAGGAGUUUGAGAGGGCACAUGGUUUUCAAGUUUUUGCUGGUCCCAAGGAGCUGAAGGGGAAGAAGAGAGUUGUGGUGGAUGGCUUUCUUACAGAUGAACAAUGUGGCUGGCUAAAAGAACUGGCCAAUAUUGGUGGUAUAAAAGGAGAUGGUUAUCAGCAAUACAGCACACCUCACACCAAACAUGAGAUGUACCAUGGUAUCACAGUAGACAAGGCAGCUGAGCUUGUUGAAGGAGCCAAGAUCAAUAUGACAGCUGCUGAACUUUACCUAAACGUCAGUGAACUAAUGCGGCAGUAUACUGAGAAGUACCUGAACUUGGCAUCCCCCCUUUACUUUCACUUCACUCACCUAGUUUGCAGGACAUCACUAGAUGAUGGUGAAGAGAGGACAGAUCUCAGCCACCCUAUCCAUGCUGACAACUGUAUCAUGACUACAGAUGGGAAAUGUUUGAAGAAACUACCUGCCUUUAUAUGGAGAGAUUACACCGGACUUCUGUACCUUAAUGACAACUUUGAAGGAGGGGAAUUUUUCUUCGCAGACAGAAAUAAGAGUAUGCAAAGUUCUGUCAAACCAAAGUGUGGGCGACUGGUGUCAUUUCAGGCCAGUGAUUAUCAUGGGGUCAAAGCAGUGACCAGUGGGCAAAGGUGUGCUUUAGCAGUCUGGUUUACUCUUGACCGCAUGUAUCAAGAGACAGCCCAUGACACAGCUUUUCAGCUGUUGGCCAAGCUGAGGGAGAAUCCUGAUUUGAUUGGCCAAAAAAAAGAAACUGAAAAAGAUGACUCUGUACCUGUUGGGAAGACUAAGGCCCUGGAGGUGUAUGAUGAUAGUAAUGUCCAGGUCAUUGCAACUGAUGAAGACCUCGGGGGACCACAGAGAAUGGCGGCAGAUGGACUAGCUACAGAGGAAGAGUGUCAAGAACUUUGUAAACUUGCCAAUGGGCAUGGAAAGAGAGGGUCAGGGUAUAGAGGUCAUGUCUCACCACUUUCAACUCAUGAGAGUUUUGAAGGUCUUGAUGUACCUGAGGCAGCUGAGGCAGCAGCAGUACAGGGAGAUGGUUACAGAGGAAAGGAGAAGCAGUCAUCUCCACACACCAAGCAUGAGAUAUUUGCAGGAUUAAAUGUUGUGCAUGCAUAUAAGGGGACUGACCGAGCUCUUGAAGCAGAUGAGAUGAGUAACACUGGAGGAAUAACAAUAACAGAGGUGACAGAGCUUGUCCAGCAGAUGAAAGUAGGUGUCAAAGCUGUGAAGCUGUACUUGGAUGUGGCAGAGAGAGCUAAAGAGUUCACUGCCAGGUAUUUUGGUCUCACACAGCCACUGUACUUUGACUUCACCCACCUGGUGUGCAGGACAGCUCUGGAGGAUCACAAGAGUAAUCAGAAUAGACAGCGGAAAGACCUCAGUCACCCCAUCCAUGCAGACAACUGUCAUAUCCAGCAAGAUGGAAGCUGUAGGAAGAAACCCCCAGCAUAUAUACAGAGAGAUUUUAGGUAUUUGUUUAGUCACAAGACAAGAUUCUGGGCAAGAUGCCUUCUUCACUUGCCAAGAUUCAAAUCCAAAUAUACAAAGCAUCAAACUGCCUAGUGAAGGUGUUUCCAAGAUUGCUCAG